AUGCUGCGACAAGGCAACCGCAACUUCCUGCUGGCGGGUGAUGUGUAUAGACGUGAUGAGAUCGACAGCAGCCAUUACCCUGUAUUUCACCAGAUGGAAGGUAUGCGCAUGUUCGGCCCGGGAGAGAUCCCCGGCUUGGAGCUGUUAGAGGAGGGUGAACGCACCGAAGAGAAGCAGGAGAAGCACACUUUGCUGGCAGCUCAGUACGCGGAAGCGGAUCUGAAGAAAAGUGAGUGA